UACAGCAGCUGAUUACUAGUUUAUCGAGCAUGAAUGAGGACACGAGCAGACAUUUCCGCUUCAAGAUCAAGUCCAUAUUUACGAAGCUCAUCAAGAAGUUUGGUUACGAGAUGGUGCAUGGCAUGUCACCGGAGAGGUACCACAAGGUGCUGUCGAAUGUACGUAGAGAGCUGGCACGAAGCAAGAGGAAGAAGCUGGCUGGAGAAAGAGGUGGCAGCGAUGACGACGAUGAGGACGAGGAAGAUGAGACUGAGGGAGGGAAGAACAGAGGCCAGCCGGAAAGCCUUGACGAUCUUCUGCGGGAUACUGAUUCUGAGCUGGAGGAGGGGGAGGAGGCGGGCAGCGCGAGAAAGAAGCCGAGGCGGGCGAGGAAGCAGACGACGGCUGCCUGGCUCGAGGACAAGGGAGAGGAAGACAUCGUGGACUUUCUGGAUCCGGGGGUCGCGAGGAAGGUCAUGGGCACGAAGCCGGCCACAGCCAGUGUUGAGAAGAAGAGCAAAACUGAAUUCAAGAUGGCGUCCGACGGGCGCAUGAUCAUCACGGAGAGCGAGGAAGACAAGAAGCGAAGCAAAAGCGAAAGCAGGAGGUGACAUUAAGAAGAAGAAUAAGCCUGAUCCUUUUGCCUAUAUUCCACUCAACAUGCAGUCUCUGAACAAAAGGAAGAAGGCAAAAUUCCAAGGACAGUUCAAGGGCAUUAUGAAGGGAGUGAAGAAGGGAGCAGCAAAAGGAAGAAAGGGCCGACGGAAGUGAACGAAACAUUUAAUUGUCAUAAUCUGCUGUUCAUGCUCUUAUAAUGCUCUUAUUUAUUCGCCCGUUUGUUGAAUUACGUGCUGUAAUUUUUGUAGAAAUGGGUCUACAUACAAAUAAAAUUCUUACUCAUUUGAUACAAUUUU